UUGAUCAUUUGUAUAUAUGUUCACCAAUCUUCAAGGAUGCCGCUUGUUUGUUCACUUGCAUUAGUUAGGCAGACCUCCAUCAUUUGGUCUCUCUCUCUCUCUCUAAAGAAGAUGAAGAAGAGCAACGAGCUUUGUUUUGAUUUAUGAGGAAGUGCCUUGGCCUCGUAAGCUCUUCUUGAGAAAUUGAGAACAAGAGUCAGAAUACGAGGAACAGUUCUAGGAAACAUGGAGGGAUUCGAACGAGUGCGAUCCUGGAGGCAAACGAGCCAAAACAUGAGCCGGAGCCUAAGCUGGAGCGGGAGCAGGACUUACUGGGGCAUGGACACCGUGUUCGCUGGUGCUAGGCAAUCAAGUCGGACUAGCCACAUCGAUGAAGACGAGGAAGCUCUCAAAUGGGCUGCGAUUGAGAGAUUGCCAACGUAUGACCGGCUACGAACAAGCAUCUUCCAAACUUCCAUUGAGAAUGAUGAGCAGAACCGCGAACAGAAGUUGGUGGUGGAUGUGAGUAAGAUGGACCUGAAUGAUAGGCAACAGUUCAUUGAUAGGAUCUUCAAAGUGGCUGAAGAAGAUAACGAAAGGUUCUUGAGGAAGCUUAGAAACAGGAUUGACAAAGUAGGUAUCCAACUUCCGACGGUGGAGGUGAGAUUUGAGCAUCUAAAUGUGGAGGCAGAUUGUUGCAUCGGAAGCAGAGCUCUUCCAACGCUCGCCAAUGUUGCCCUAAACAUGGCUGAAUCUGCUCUUGGUUUUGUGGGAAUUAGAUGGGCCAAGAAGACAAAACUCACCAUCCUCAAAGAUGUCUCUGGUAUUGUCAGGCCAUCAAGGAUGGCCCUUCUAUUAGGCCCACCAUCCUCAGGGAAGACUACUCUUUUGCUGGCUCUAGCAGGAAAACUGGACCCCACCUUGAAGGUUGGAGGGGAAAUAUCAUACAAUGGGUACAGGCUCAAUGAAUUCGUGCCUCAAAAGACAUCUGCAUAUAUCAGCCAAAAUGAUGUGCAUUUGGGCGUGUUGACCGUGAAAGAAACCCUAGAUUUCUCUGCAAGGUGCCAGGGGGUUGGAACAAGAUAUGAGCUGCUUUCUGAGCUUGCCAAAAGGGAAAAAGAUGCUGGGAUUUUCCCAGAGCCGGAGGUUGAUCUUUUCAUGAAGGCAACAGCAAUUGAAGGUGUUGAGAGCAACCUAAUCACAGAUUACACCUUGAAGAUCUUAGGGCUCGACAUAUGUCGAGAUACAAUUGUUGGCGAUGAGAUGCAGCGUGGGAUAUCUGGCGGACAGAAGAAAAGACUAACAACAGGAGAGAUGAUUGUUGGGCCUACAAAAACAUUGUUCAUGGAUGAGAUAUCAACUGGCCUUGACAGCUCGACGACAUACCAAAUUGUGAAGUGCCUGCAACAAGUGGCACAUCUCACUGACGCCACAAUCUUGAUGUCGUUGCUGCAACCUGCACCAGAGACAUUCAAUUUGUUUGACGAUAUCAUUCUCUUAUCAGAAGGUCAGAUUGUGUACCAGGGACCACGAGAACACGUUCUCAACUUCUUCGAGCAAUGCGGGUUCAAGUGUCCUGAGAGAAAGGGUGCUGCUGAUUUCUUGCAAGAGGUUACCUCGAGAAAGGACCAAGAGCAAUACUGGGCAGACAAAACCAAACCCUACAAGUACAUAUCAGUCAGCGAGUUCGCUAAUAGACUCGAGCAAUUUCAUGUCGGCAUGAGGCUUGCCAACGAGCUCUCCAUGCCGUUCGAUAGGAGCAGGAAUCACCAAGCAGCUCUAGUCUUCACAAAAUACUCGGUCCCUAUUAUGGAGCUAGUUAAGGCCUGUUUCAACAAGGAAUGGCUGCUGAUAAACAAAAACGCAUUCGUGUACAUUUUCAAGACUGUCCAGAUCAUUAUCAUAGCAGUCAUUACAUCGACAGUGUUCAUCAGGAGCAGGAUGCAAACUCAGAACGAAAUGGAUGGGCAACUAUAUAUUGGCGCUAUCCUGUUUGCGAUGAUCAUCAACAUGUUCAAUGGUUUUGCUGAGCUGAGCAUUGCUAUUAUGCGGCUUCCAGUUUUCUACAAGCAGAGAGACCUUUUGUUGCACCCUCCUUGGAUGUUCACAUUGCCUAAUUUCUUGCUCACAAUUCCCAUGUCCGUGUUGGAGUCCGUCGUUUGGAUGGCCAUUACGUACUAUUCCGUGGGAUUCGCACCUGAAGCUAGCAGGUUCUUCAAGCAAUUUCUAUUGAUAUUCUUGGUCCAACAAAUGGCUGCUGGGCUAUUUCGAUUCAUUGCAGGCACUUGUAGGAACAUGGUUAUUGCUAGUACAGGCGGUAAUUUAAUGCUCCUGCUUGUGUUUAUGCUUGGAGGUUUCAUCAUUCCUCGAGGUAGUAUACCUCGUUGGUGGAGAUGGGGUUACUGGGCAUCACCUUUAACUUAUGCUUUCAAUGCCCUGACUGUGAAUGAGAUGUUUGCUCCUCGUUGGAUGAAUAAACCGGCUAGCAGCGGUAAUAGAACUUUAGGUUUGGCAGUGCUCAAGAAUUAUGAUCUCUCCAGUGAGAAUUGGUACUGGAUUGGUGCAGCAGCUCUCGCUGGAUUUGUCGUUAUCUUGAAUGUGCUUUUUACCCUUGCGCUCAUGUACCUAAAUCCCUUUGGAAAACCUCAGGCUACAACAUCUGCAGAAGCAGACAAAGAUAAAGAGGACAAACAAUCGGAAUCGAAGGAAGAAUCUAGAAUGAGGAGACUUUCUUCGAUUAUGAGAGAGUCUUUUAGUGGACCCUUACCUACAUUCAAUGGCAACGACACAGGAGGCACGGAGCUCCAAAGGAUGAGUAGCCAAACAAAUAGUAGUGGAGUGAGCAGAAAUGCAGAUUCCAAACUUGAAGUGGCAAGAGGUGUGGCUUCAAAGAGAGGAAUGGUUCUGCCUUUCAGUGCUCUAGCAAUGUCGUUUGAUAGCAUAAAUUAUUAUGUAGACAUGCCUCCGGAAAUGAAGGAACAUGGGGUCACGGAUGACAAACUCCAGUUACUCAGGGAAGUAACAGGUGCAUUUAGACCUGGAGUGUUGACUGCACUAAUGGGAGUAAGCGGAGCUGGAAAGACUACCUUAAUGGAUGUUUUAGCAGGGCGGAAGACAAGUGGCUAUAUUGAAGGUGACAUUAGAAUUUCGGGAUUUCCCAAGAAACAAGAAACCUUUGCCCGAAUUUCAGGGUACUGUGAACAAAACGAUAUUCACUCACCACAGGUCACUGUGAGAGAGUCUUUGAUCUACUCGGCUUUCCUACGUCUACCAAAAGAAAUUGGGAAAGAAGACAAAAUGAUGUUUGUCGAUGAAGUGAUGGAAUUGGUAGAAUUGGAUAAUCUCAAGGAUGCACUAGUUGGUCUUCCAGGAAUUACGGGUUUGUCAACAGAACAACGGAAAAGAUUGACUAUAGCAGUAGAGCUUGUCGGCAAUCCAUCCAUAAUAUUCAUGGAUGAGCCAACAUCAGGUCUUGAUGCACGAGCUGCUGCCAUUGUUAUGAGGACGGUGAGGAACACAGUGGAUACUGGUCGGACCGUGGUCUGCACGAUUCACCAGCCUAGCAUCGACAUCUUUGAAGCCUUUGAUGAGCUGCUGUUGAUGAAGAGAGGCGGGCAAGUGAUAUAUUCGGGACCCCUGGGUCGGAAUUCCCACAAGGUCGUUGAAUACUUUGAGUGUAUUCCCGGAGUCCCAAAAAUCAAGGAGAAGUACAAUCCCGCAACGUGGAUGCUCGAGGUGAGCUCGAUAGCAGCUGAAAUACCGCUCCAGAUGGACUUUGCUGAGCAUUACCAAUCAUCAUCCUUGUUUAAGAGGAAUAAGGAACUAGUGAAUGAGCUGAGUACACUGGCUCCAGGGGCGAAGGAUCUGUAUUUCCCAACGCAAUACUCGCAGUCCUCAUGGGGACAGUUCAAAUCUUGUCUUUGGAAACAAUGGUGGACUUAUUGGAGAAGUCCUGACUAUAACCUUGUGAGAUACAUUUUCACAUUAGCAGGUGCCCUAAUGGUUGGGACAAUUUUCUGGAGGGUUGGCACCAGACGGGAAGAUCAGUUUGAUCUGAUCAUGAUUAUGGGAGCUAUGUACUCUGCCAUCAUAUUCAUUGGCAUUAAUAAUGCUGCAACCGUACAGCCCGUGAUAGCUGUUGAGAGAACCGUGUUUUAUCGAGAAAGAGCGGCUGGAAUGUAUUCUGCUCUACCUUAUGCGCUCGCACAGGUGAUAUGCGAAUUGCCAUUUGUGUUCUUUCAGGCCACAUAUUACACGGUGAUAGUGUAUGCAAUGGUAUGCUUCGAGUGGACAGCGGCAAAAUUCUUCUGGUUCUUCUUCAUCUGUUUCUUCUCCUUUCUCUACUUCACAUACUAUGGCAUGAUGACAGUAGCCCUCACGCCCAACCAGCAAGUAGCCGCCAUCUUCGCCGCCGCUUUCUAUGGUCUUUUCAAUCUUUUCUCCGGAUUCUUCAUCCCAAGACCAAGGAUACCGAAAUGGUGGGUGUGGUACUACUGGAUCUGUCCCGUGGCAUGGACCGUGUAUGGAUGCAUAGUGUCCCAGUAUGGCGACGUCGAGCACACGAUCAAAAUCCCUGGCCAAGCUGACCAACCCAUCAAGCAAUACAUUCAAGAAACUUUCGGGUAUGACCCAAAUUUCAUGGGACCUGUUGCUGUAGUCCUGGUUGCUUUCGCAGCCUUCUUUGCCACCAUGUUUGCUUUUUGCAUCAAAGCGCUCAACUUCCAGAAGAGAUGAGGCUAAGCUGAUGCUCUUGAAGACGAAGGCAAGCUCUUCCUCGGAUCAUCCUGUACAUACAAAACAUCAGCACGAAAUGCAGUGUGGCAAGAUUGUGCGUGGGACUGAUUGAUUCCUAGAGAAAGACUUGGCCACGGUAUCUGGUGCAGGCUAUACAUAAUCAGUACGUAAACUGUAAAGUUAGCAAGUAUAGUGUAUAAAGCGCAACCAAGGCUUAUUACCUUGGUGACAUUUGAGGAAAGUAUGCUUUAUUUCAGAACAAGUAAUUGAAGCAAAAAUGAUUAAGUGAGACAAAAUACUAUUUAAA